AUGGAACCGACGAAUAUCCCUAUUUGGGGACCAGAAUCCCCUAUGUCUUCUGUGUCCAGCCUUAGCGACUUCCCCUCCACCCCUAGCGGCGACGAUGUCGAGAAGAGCAAACGUCCCAGCAAAGGCGCCGAUAGCCAGGCCAACAGCGAAGGUACGGUAGAAUGGCUCGCCACGACCCGAGAGCGUCGUUCUACUGCUGGCAACCGAAUGAAAUCGAUGCUUGCAAACGAGGAGCCCGAUUCCGACCUUGAACUACUUUUUGCCGAAGACGAGAACGAUCAGGGCUUCUCUGAAGUUGAUGAGAAUGCCUCCGAUGUGCAAAUGGACUCUUCAGACGACGAAGACGAUAAUGGCAACAAUGAUGAUGAUCUCGAGGGAGAGAAGGAGUUGGAAAAGCAGGCAAAGGAGCGCCGUGCUGCUCAACGCAAGCGAAAAGCCCAAGAAGCCAUCCCCGCCAAGUUCCGCAAGAAAGUCCGAAUCGAUCCCACGACCAGAACGCCAUCAGCGCCCAUGAGACCGGCACCGCGACCAAAGAAGAAAUCCGAGCGCACUUCGUGGUUGCCUUCAGCUGCCGAUCUACCGACUCGAGCCUCGUCCCGUCAAACGACACGACUUUCAAAGGAGCAGCUCCAUCAGCAAAUGGUGGAGCGAGAGGAGCGCCGGAUAAAGCAGCUAGCUCAGAUGCAGAAGAAGGCGGCCAAGCUAGAGGCGAUGAAGAAACCACCAAUGACGCAGGAAGAGAGACUCCGAGAGGCAGCCAUUGUCGAGAAACGAAAUAGCAAAAGUCUGAAUCGGUGGGAAGAAGCCGAGAAGCAACGCGAGGAGGAACGUCGAGCAAAAUUGGCAGCUCUUCACAACAGAACCCUAAAAGGACCCGUGAUUACUUUCUGGAGCGGUAUUGGGGAGUGGAUGGGAAGGCAUAUGGUGAUCGAGGAACCCGCGAAGGAGAAGAGGAAGAGAGGUGAGAAGGCGAAGGGUAAAGAGAAAGAUCAAAAUGUGGGAAAGACGGCUGCAGCGGAAGGACAAAAAGCGGAAGACAAGAGCACUACUGCUCUUGGUGAUGCUGCUUCAAAUAUCAAGGAACAGCCAACGCAAAGUCAACCACCAGCCCCAGCUUCGUCCGCACCGCCUGUAUCAGAAUCAAAAGAAACCAAAACGUCUGCCCCGAUCAAAGGCGAUGACUCUAUUUCAAAGCCUCAAGAUUCAUCUUCAACGACAAAAGAUGGCAGUCCUUCUACUAUGCUCAAGACUGAAGAUGCCAGCCCAUCCUUGGCGAUGCCUCCCCCGCCUCACCCACCACCUACACAACCCAACGGUCUGGCCGCUCCAACUCUUCCACCGUCAAAGAUCCUAUCAGCACCGAGCCCUCCUCCAAGUGGCCUUGUCGCGCCGUCUCCGCCUCCGCCUACACCAGCUGGUUCAACGUCCACAACCUCCCUUGCCAUUCCUACGUCAGGACUUUCUCGUCCACCAGAUUCCAAACCAUCCGGGGUUCUUGCAGCCCCUAUACUCGCUCCGCCCUUAGGCAUCGGCGGUGACGGAGCUGUACCUCCAAUGAUGGGUUUCGGUAACCCCAAAUCCAAUGUCCUUGCACCACCAAAUACAUCCCAGAGUGUUAUGCCGCCUGCUUUGUCUACUGCCACCCCCACCAAGAAUGCCUCAUCUAUUAUCCCUGACUCUCGAGAAACCCCUUCAACAGCUACACCAGCAUCUUCUACGGCAAAGCUUCAACCAGCUCCCAACUCGUUCACUCAUCCGGCUGCAUCCUCUCCUCCCGGCAACUCCGCGGUAGCUCAAACCCACGAAUCCCAGCCUCAACCAUCGACCGGAGCCCGAAAUGCUAUAGUAUUUCAAAGCUUCGACGAAAACGCCCUCAAGGACCGUAGUAUCCAAACCCAGAUCAUCUUCGGUCGCAAGAUGAAUAGGCUCUCAAAACCUUCCCCUGCACCUCUUUGCGUCAUCACAAAUCAUCCCGCUCGGUAUCGUGAUCCACGCACUGGUCUCCACUACUACAACGCCUACGCGUAUCGCGAGAUACAACGCCUCACCCGUGGAGAGUACCGAUGGAGUCAUAUUCUGGGUGCUUGGGUUGGCAGCGGAACAUAUGCUGCGAGAGGCGUCCCUGAGCGCUUCCUGAAUCCUGAGAAGAAGGGGCCCGAGAAGGAGCCCACUUCUAAUGAGGACGUUAAAGUCAAAGAUGCCGUUGACGCCCAUAACCCAAGCCCUGAGAUCAAGACCCCUGAGGUAGCAUCGGAAAUCCGAACUCCUGGUGAGAAGAUGACUGGGAUUGAACAGGGGUCCUCCACACCACCAAAUUUAGAGCCCAGCAAGGCUACACGACCCAGUACGGCGUCACCGGCAGUCGUUGGAUCUACAAAUGCCACUAAUCCAGCGGCCGCAACAACCCCUACUCCAGUCCUGACAAACUCUACUAAAGACAUUCCAUAA